AUGGCAGGAAAAAGAGGAGGUAGAGCAGGUGCUGUUGCACCAGCUACAACCAAACAAUUUGGCAGAGAUUAUGAAAAAAAUAAAAAUAAAGGCAAAGGUCACGAUCGUGUAUACGAAGAUGAUGAAGAAGUUAUGAGAAGAAACCAAGCAUUAUCAUCAUCAGAAGAAGAAGGUUCAGAUAAUUCAGACAACUCCUCAUCAGAAGAUGAAAAACCACAAAGAAAAUCAUUUAUUAAACCAGCUCAACAAAAGAAACAAGAAUCCGACGAAGGUAGCGAUUCAGAAGAAGAAAGCGAUUCAGACGAAUUAGAAGUUAACAAUCCAAACAGAGUAAAGAAUGUUACUAAAAAAGUCAGUGAAAUUAAUAUUAACCAAAAGACUGAGUUAUCACGUAGAGAAAAAGAAGAAAUUGCCAAACAACAAUUUACCGCAAAACAAAACGCCAAACAACAAAGAGCAGAUUUAGAAAGAUUACAAGUCAUUAGAAAACAAAGAGAAGAAGCUGCCAAAAGAAGAGAAGAAGAAAAGAAAGCUGCCGAAGAUAAAGCUACUGAAAGAAGACGUCAAGGUUUAUAA